UACAAGAUGGCGGCGUCCGGUGGCGGCACGGAAGGAACGGAGGAGGCGGCGGGGUUGGUCCUGGGGCGGUUGGAGGAGGAGGCGCUGAAGCGGCGGGAGCGGCUCCGGGCCCUGAGGCAGCGAACGCUGCAGAACAAGGAGAGCGCGGAGCCGGAAUCCAAAAUUCCCAGGGAAGAUGAGGAAGAGGAGCCGGUCAAGCACAGGGAGAUCAAGCUGCGGAAUUACGAUCCCGAGGAUGAGGAGCUGAAGAAGAGGAAGCUGCCCCCGGCCAAACCGGCUUCAGUGGAGGAGACGGUGAAGGAGCAGCUGGAAGCGGCCAAGCCGGAGCCCAUCAUCGAUGAGGUGGACCUGGCAAAUUUGGCUCCCAGGAAACCCGACUGGGAUUUGAAGCGGGACGUGUCCAAGAAGCUGGAAAAGCUGGAGAAGAGGACGCAGCGAGCCAUCGCGGAGCUGAUCCGUGCGUUCCGGAGCCGCGGGAACGGGGGAUGGCUCAUUCCAGAGGGAUCCCGGGAUCCGCGCUGGGAGCUCUGGGCCGGGGAGGAGAGCGCCUGAAGGGGCAGGAGGAGGAGCUGGCCUCGGCCGUGGGAUCCGCAAAGCAGGACGGGAGCGACUCCGACUGAGGAGAAUCCAUCGGGAAUGGGAUCCGGAUCUGCCUCGUGCCGGCCCCGUGGCCCUCCCCGCUCAUCCCUCUUCCCAAAAUUCCCCAAUCCUGGGAUCGUGGGGGGUUGAUGGGAGCUGGACAGACCCUCCCCAGUUCGCUGGAACUUCCUUGGAGCAAGAAAAAGUGGGAAAACUCUGGGCUGGGGUUGGAAAAAUCAAUCCAGACUCGCUGGGAAAGGAGGGAGAUUCCAACAGCCCUUGGAAAAUCAGGAUCAUUUCCCAGGGAUUGGUUCCUGUGCAGAGACUCCUCGAGGUUCUGAGGGUUCGGGAAUAUCCACGGCCAGCCCUGGAAUUCCCAUGGGAAGGCUUGGGAAUCGUUGGCUGCUCCGCAUCUGGCUGAGUUCCGUGUGGGAUUUGCUCGGCUCCCGGAAUUUCCCGACGCUCCGGGAGCUUUUCCCGCUCCUCCUUUUGGGGUUUUUUAUGGUUAAUGGAUCUUUUCCUAAUAAAACAGUUCCGUGUGGAAAACCUUGUCCCUUGUCCUGCAGAGGAGCGGGAA